UCUCUGGAGGGUAACACAAACAAGGAAUCCCCGCGAGGGUUUUUGUGCAUCGUACCCUAUAGCGACGACUCGGCGACUCCUCGGAGCUCUCGGCCAUGGCGAGCGCGGCGUCGGCGGUGUCGGCGCCUUCUAGGGCUGAGGUUCUCGGCCUCCUCCGCUCCCUCCUCCGCACCGCGGCGAAGUUCUCCGACUACAACGUGAGGGAGUACGUGCGGCGCCGAUCCCUCGACGGGUUCCGCGAGAACAAGGAGCUCUACGACCCCGCCGCCGCCGCCGCCGCAUUCGCCGCCGCAAAGUCCCAGCUCGAGGUCGCGCGGCGCCAAGCGGUGGUGUACUCGCUCUACGCCCCCAAGGUCAAGAGCGUCUUAGAGAUCAAGAGCAUCUGAUUCGUAAAAGGGUGAUCUUACUGGAAAAUUUUGGUUUUGGCAGGUUCUCCACAGGUUGCACUUUUCUUCUAAUUCAAUUGCUUUAAAUCUCGAAACUUGAGAAAUCAUAAGAUGUGCUUCACACCAGCAGAUACAAAAGGAACCCGUUUGGAGCAACGAUUCUGGAACCAUUAUCUGUCCAGAGGUCUCCCUCCAUGUAUCUUUACUGCAACAAUAAGGACCUCGUCUAACUUUCUGACUGAAAUGUGCUCUGUAUGUAGAGGAAGUAGUUGUCUUUAUUUAUGAAUUGUUACAUGUUUAAUACAGUUUUGCUGAUGGUUUUCUUACAUCUCGUGAUACUUCGUAUUAA